AUGGUUGAGACUAGCAGUACUUCUACAGCGAAAUUCCAGAGAGUCGAUUCGCAGCCUGAGAACCCUUACGCCCAGUUGAUUGAGGAGCAAUCCAUUGCGAUCAUCCCUUCCUUCAAAUUGGAAUCCGGUGUCACUCUCUACAAUGUGCCAGUCGCAUAUACCACGCGGGGAACUCUCGCUCCUAACGGUGACAAUGUGCUGGUGAUCUGUCACGCCCUUAGUGGAAGCGCCGAUGUCGCUGACUGGUGGGGCCCUCUCCUCGGUGGUCCAGGCCAAGCAUUUGACGUUUCCCGGUUCUUCGUGGUUUGCCUGAACAGUUUGGGCAGCCCGUACGGAAGUGCCAGCGCAGUUACUUACAAGGAUGGCAAGCCUGAAAAUGGCUACUACGGACCUGAGUUUCCCUUGACAACCGUUCGUGAUGACGUCAAUAUCCACAAGUUGGUUCUGGAUGACCUCGGUGUCAAGCAGAUUGCCGCAGUGGUUGGAGGAUCUAUGGGUGGAAUGCUUACUUUGGAAUACGCAUUCUUCGGCAAAGACUAUGUGCGAGCGAUCGUGCCCAUUGCCACUUCAGCGCGUCAUUCUGCGUGGUGCAUCAGCUGGGGCGAGGCCCAGCGACAGAGCAUUUACAGCGAUCCGAAGUACGAUGAUGGCUACUAUGCAUUCGCAGAUCCUCCGUCCACCGGUCUCGGUGCAGCUCGCAUGUCCGCGCUUCUUACAUACCGCAGCCGCAACUCAUUCGAGUCCCGAUUUGGUCGCAAUGUACCAGACCCAACCAAGCCGCGGAACAUCAAUGGCACCGAGAAACUGCCCACUCCCCCGAACGAGCAUUGGGCCAUUCACAAUGACGGACACCGUGGCGGAGUGUCUUCGCGCUCAGAGAGCAGACAAGGCUCCCCGGCUCCUGUGGCUGAGAGUGAAGUCCAAUUCAUGGACCCGCAGUUCUCUGGCACCAAGACCUUUGCGCCAGAAAUCGACACAAAGCCCAAGCUGACUACAUCGGGUCGUCCCCGCCCACCCACUUAUUUUUCGGCACAAUCGUACCUUCGUUACCAGGGUGACAAGUUUGUCAAGCGAUUUGAUGCAAACUGUUAUAUCGCCAUGACUCGCAAGCUCGAUACCCACGACGUUUCCCGCCGCCGCGCCAAUCUUAGUACCGAUGCUGAGGAUACUGUCCUUCAAGCACUUGGUCGGGUGGAACAGCCAGCUCUUGUCCUCGGCAUCGAGUCAGAUGGUCUUUUCACUUUCGCGGAGCAGGAAGAGAUUGCCGCUGGUAUUCCCGAUUCCCGCCUCAAGCGCAUCGACAGCCCCGAGGGCCACGAUGCAUUCUUGCUUCAAUUCGAGCAAGUCAACCGCCACAUUGUCGAGUUUUUCCACGAAGUCUUGCCUGAUAUCAUGGCUCAGUCCGGCGCCGACGGAGCUGCCGCCGUGGCCAGUGUCACAAAGCUGACCAAGAGCAGCACCUUUGGUGAAGCCGAGGUGGAGGACAUCACCGCUUGGUAA